AUGGUGCUAUCUCUGGAUCUCUCACGACAAUGGCCAAUUCAUCACUUGGAUGUCAAGAAUGCUUUCCUGCAUGGGACUUUGUCUGAAACUUUGUAUUGCACUCAACCCUCUGGUUUUGAGGAUCCAGCUCGUCCAGGUGUUGUUUGCAGGCUCAACAAGUCCCUCUAUGGCCUGAAGCAGGCUCCGCGCACUUGGAACAGUAGGUUUGCUUCCUACUUGUUGUCACUUGGAUUUCAUGAGGCCAAGUCGGAUACUUCGCUGUUCAUCUAUCACCGUGACGCCGACGUCGUCUAUCUCCUGCUCUAUGUUGAUGAUAUUGUCCUCACUAUAUCUACUCCCAGUCUUCUUCAGCGCACUAUUGCAGCCUUGCAGCGAGAGUUUUCUAUGUCAGGUUUGGGUAAUCUUCAUCACUUCCUGGGAGUUCAUGUUCGGCACACCGCCCGCGGCCUGUUCUUGUCGCAGCAACAGUAUACUCUUAUCAUUCUGAAGCGCGCCAAUAUGUCUGAUUGCAAGACCUGUGCCACACCAGUCGACACCUGUGCCAAGCUCUCUGCUGAUGCUGGUGCGCUGCAGUACUUGACUUUCACUAGACCAGAUAUCGCUUAUGCCGUUCAGGAGAUCUAUUUGUAUAUGCAUGAUCCCUUGGAACAUCACUUGGUCGCUCUCAAGCACAUCCUACGCUACCUUCAUGGCACUGCUACUCUGGGUCUUCAGAUUCGGCCAUCGUCGUCCUCCGAGCUUGUGGUCUACUCCGAUGCCGACUGGGCAGGCUGUCCAGACACCUAA